ACACGCAAGGUGCGAUUGAGAAAGCGAAAGUUGAUUGUGUUGACUGAUGCUGCGAGAGAAAACCAUUAUAAAACUGUGACGUUGAUUGGUAGUGCCCUAGGAGGCUAUCUGACAAGCUUGUGACAUUCAGAAUGGCAUCAAAUAUCGUGAAGUUCAGAGAAUAUAUGAAACUGAUUGGUCAGCUAAAGCAAGUUGAGCGGACUGGCUGGGUGCGGAAUGGUGUGAAAGACCCAGAGAGCGUUGCGGAGCACAUGUAUCGAAUGGCAAUGAUGUCUUUUGCUCUGCCUUCAGACUCAGGCCUUGAUAAGGACAAAUGUAUAAAAAUAGCGCUGGUUCACGACAUGGCUGAGAGUGUUGUUGGGGACCUAACUCCCUGGUGUGGUGUCAGUAAAGAGGAAAAGAGCCGAAGGGAAGAGGAAGCUACUUCUAGAAUCACUAGCUUAAUCCCUGGUGAAGGAGGAAAGGAGAUGUACAAUUUGUGGUUGGAGUAUGAACAUCAGAAAAGCCCAGAGGCCAAAUUUGUGAAGGAUAUGGACAAACUGGAGAUGUUGUUCCAAGCCUACGAGUAUGAAGAGAUGCACAAAAAGCCGGGACACCUCCAGGAGUUCUUCGAUCACACGCGGGAGACUUUCAAAUUUACCACGGAGUUUGCGGAAAACUGGUGUAAGGAGCUGGUGUCUCAGAGAAGUCAAAGUCUUGAAGACUCCAAAGACAAGUCAACAACCGAGUCUGACUCGGUCGUGCCGGAGGCGAAGAAGAGGAAGAAAGAGGAGUUGGAAGCAGAGAAUGUUUGAUGAUCGUUAGAAUUUGAUGUUUCUGUUUCUGUUAAUAAUAAAAUAAUAAAAAUGGAUUGCAUUUAUA